UCAUGAGCGUCUUACUGCCCAACAUGGCGGACUUUGAUACAAUUUAUGAGUUAGAAGACGAAGAGGAUGAGCACGUAGUGAGUGAAGAGCACUUGCCCAGAUACUGUCCGGAGCCUGUGGUCAUGCGAGGGGCCGGGCACAUCACUGUGUUUGGACUGAGCAACAGAUUUGACACAGAGUUUCCUUCUGUUCUCACAGGAAAGGUAGCUCCAGAGGAAUUUAAAACCAGCAUUGGCAGAGUGAAUGCAUGUUUGAAGAAAAACCUGCCUGUCAAUGUGAAGUGGCUGCUCUGCGGGUGCUUGUGUUGCUGCUGUACAGUUGGCUGCAGUCUUUGGCCUGUUAUUUGUCUCAAUAAGAGAACGAGACGAUCCAUUCAGAAAUUGUUAGAAUGGGAAAAUAACAGAUUAUAUCACAAGCUGGGGCUGCAUUGGAAACUCAGCAAAAGAAAAUGUGAAAGCAGUAAUAUGAUGGAAUAUGUAAUUCUUAUAGAAUUCUUACCCAAAUAUCCUAUAUUUCGACCAGACUGAGGAGGCUGAUGUGAAGUGGAUGUGGGGCCCUUGAAUUUUCUCCUUAGUGCCUUGUAUAUACAGUACAAAAUGUUGGAAUAAGGGUCUGCACCAGUGUCCCGGGAGGACUCUGUUAAUCUGUCUGUGUAUUAGACGCUGUCACUUUGCUUUAGAGCAGAAUUUGCACAUUUUUCAACAAACAUGUCCCUUGUUUCACUCCAAUAUUUUUGUUACAUGUCACUAAAGAGUCAACAUCAAAGUGCAUUUACCCCAAAGAACCAUCCUCUGCCCCCAUUUCAACUAUCAAUAAAUCCUUGGAACGAUAGUGACGCUCCCUCAAUCUAAUCCUAAAACAGCCUUACCUGAUGUGUCUUUUUGUUACUUUGUGUUGUGGAAAAGAGGCAGCAUUGUUGCAAGUAGAAGAGAGGAUCAAAAAUGCCUACCGUACAGAGUAUCUAAUCAGCUAUUUUCUAUAACUGUCUGUAGUUGAGGACAAACGAGUUGAAACUUGACCUGUAAAUACCAGAAGUAACUGUACAGUGUUUAAUUAUUGUUUACAGAAAGUUACGUAGCUAUUUACUUAUUUUUUUCUUCUUUUUUGCCAAUCUGUUUCCAUAGUUUUGAUUAAUACAAGUAUAUGUACCUGUAGUUGCUAUGGACCUGUUUACCUUGUAAGCCAUAUAAUUUCAGUGUUGCCAGAGUUAGACUGAUCAAUGCACUCAAGCCCAGUCUGAUGUCAGUACAGAGAGUCGAGGUUAAAGCACGUAAAGCAGUGCAUAUUUUUGCCAAGACCUUUAAUCGCUCGUCACCUGUUUUAGCUGGAGACUGAUGCAUUUUAAACAAAUGAAAAUAUUAUUUUGCUCCGAUAUUUUUUGUGCAAUUUCAUUUCAUCUAUUUUGUAUCCCCUCAUAAUAUGGGAAUCACAUGGACUAACCAUACACCAUGUGUUGAGCAAAUUUCCUUUUUGUUAAGACACUGCUGCAAUGCAUUGUGUUAUUAGUGCCUCUGGAUUAGCUUAAGUAUGGGUUGAACUAUAAAGCUCUUGUAAAAAAGAAGAUGUGACUUUCCUCUGAGCAUUGUCCCUGUUACAUAAUCUGUUUUACUACAGAGAUCCAAUGGCUCCCUUUGGAGAAAGAAAAUAAAUUGGUCUUUUUUAUUUUUA